AUGGCAGACGAAGACGGUGCAUCUCCCCGGGAGCUCGUUGUUGAGGCCUGUCGUCGUGACCAACCCCACCUGCUGGAGGAGGUCGUGAAGGACAACCUCGAGAACCAGAGCAAAGAAGACAUUGCAAAGUUUUUCAACGAAGUUACCGACUCCAUGGGCAACUACGCUCUGCAUGUCUGCGCCAUGUACGGUAGCUACGAUGCAAUGGACUGGCUUUUCGACGUGGAAGGCUUCGAAUGUGAUCCCCAGAACCGGAUCGAAAAGGACAGCCCGUUGCAUUUGGCCGUCCGCUACGCCAAUGAAAAGGAUAUCAAGCUGGGCCUGGCCAUGGUCAAAAUGAUGCUCGAAGCCGGCUGUGACCCCCGCGUCCGAAACAAGAAUGGGAAGAAGCCAGUGGACUUCACCAUCCCGCAGUACAAGGAAGUCAAAAUCGCGCUGCAGAAAGCAGAAUACGCUCUUCAGGAGGGAGUCGGACUAGAACCGGAAGAUGACUCUGAUGACGGAACUAGUGGCAGUGACGGUGGGUGA